AUGGCGGCGCCCAGGACGGUAGGUGACCGGAGCUCCUGGAACCUCCAAAAUCGAAGUCUGCUCGCAGCCUCCGCCUUCAGGACCUCUCUUGGCGACCAGGCGAGCAAAGGGCCGAGGCUCCAGGCUCAGUUCCUCCUUUCAUCUCUCCCCAACAAGUCCUUGCGCCUGGUGGUCCCAAUAUGGAACAGGAGUACCAGAGGCAUCCGUGGCCUUGGUGGGGCAGUGGCCCCAGAAGGCAAUCAGAAGAAGAGAACACUGCUCCAGUUUUUGAGUGACCACUUCUAUGACGUGAUGGCUCUGAGGGAGUUCUUGCUCCGAAUGCAGAUGUUAAAAGUGCACCAGAAAAAUCGGGCCUUCCCCCACAUCGAGGAGAAACAUGGGCCAUACAUCGCAGGUGCCUUUUUCAUCUUGAAGCAGGGAGGCGCAGUCAAGUUUCGAGACAAGGAGUGGGUCAGGCCAAAUGAGCGUGGCCAUUUCUCUCUUGAGUUCUUGCAGUUCCAGGCGGUGCCAGUCGAAGCUGUGGAUGCCAGUGGCUGUAACAUCAACUACGAGGGUUUGAACAGCCUCUUGGCCCUGAAGGAGCUCCGGUCCUUGUCACUGCGAUGCUGCCCCCAUCUGGACGACUGGUGUCUCAGCCGCCUCCACUCACUCGCCAACUCCUUGGAGGAGCUCUCGCUGGCCGGUUGCCCCCGCAUCUCUGAACGGGGCCUCGCCUGCCUCCACCACCUCCAGAACCUUCGCAGGCUGGACAUCUCAGACCUCCCUGCCGUGUCCAACCCAGGCCUCACUCAGAUCUUGGUGGAGGAGAUGCUGCCCAACUGUGAGGUCGUUGGGACCAACUGGGCCGAAGGCCUGAAGUUGGGGCCAGAGGAACAGCCUCAGGACACAGCCAGCCCUGUUCCUGCCUAGCUUUCAGCUCCCUCCCAACUCAGGCAGGGCCUGUGGGGGCUGCGUGGCAUGUCUGACAGCCUGCCACACUUCUGGCUUCUGUUUGGAUUCACUUAACACAGGGGUGGGGAUGUGGCCCUGAAGAGCAGAGGGAAGGAGAGCAUGAGGUCACGGUAUUUAUUCCUGGCUGCCCUCAACAGAGGGACACAGCUUCUGUCGUGCUGUCUGCACACCUCUCCUCCCUUCUGCCUUUUCAGGCCUAGGGAGGUGAAGGCUUGGGCUAUGAGUGGCCCCAGAGAGCUGCCCUCACUCCAGGGCCCCCCACAUUCAGCCCACACCCCAUCAGGAGACUGUUCCAAAACUGUUCUCAUCUGCGCGUGCUGCCGUUUCUAACCCUGACUGAUACGGGGUGCUUCUGGCACUUUACAGGGAUGGUUCUUUCCUGUGUGGGACUGUUCUGCUCAGCACUGGAGGUGCAGCGUCCUGGGCCCACACUCACUAAAGGCUAGUAGCACCCCAGGACCCAUUGUGUCACCGGUUGUCGAUUCACUGACUUUCAAUAAAGCUUCAAAGUCAACUUUUGUGACUGCUCUGUGAAAACGAA